AUGGACAGCAUGGACUGGAGGUCAGAAGGAGCAUCCAUGUUCAGGGCGGUGUCUUGGACCUUGAGGGGUCUCCAUUGCUCCUCCAUCCCUUCAUCUGCAAGAAUGUUCAGUGAAAGCACAGAUAAGAGUCGCUCCCUGGCUGAUAAAGUGGCUGUGAUCGCUGGAUCUACUAAAGGGAUUGGCUUUGCUAUCGCCAGGCGUCUGGCCCAGAAUGGGGCCCACGUGGUCAUUUGCAGCCGGAAGCAACACAAUGUGGACCAGGCAGUGGCCACUCUUCAGAGGGAGGGACUGAGUGUGACGGGCACCGUAUGCCAUGUGGGGAAGGCUGAGGACCGGGAGCAACUGGUGGCUACGGCCCUGGAGCACAGUAAGGGCAUUGACUUCCUGGUGUGCGUGGCAGGGGUCAAUCCCUUGGUAGGGAGCACUCUGGGAUCCAGUGAGCAAGUCUGGGACAAGAUCCUGGGCGUGAAUGUGAAGGCCCCAGCCCUGCUGCUGAGCCAGCUGCUGCCCCACAUGGAGAACAGGGGGGGAGGCUCUGUGGUUCUGGUCUCAUCUGUGGCAGCUUAUGUGCCGAUACCAAAGCUGGGAAUCUACAACACCAGCAAGACGGCCCUGUUGGGCCUCUGUAAGUCUCUGGCUGUGGAGCUGGCUCCAAAAGGCAUCCGAGUGAACAGCAUAGUACCAGGAAUAAUCAAGACUGACUUUGUCCAAAUGGAGAAAACGUUGCCUUACUCGUUAUCUGAUUUGAAGAAAUUCUAUGGAUUGCAGCGGUUUGGGGAGCCAGAGGACUGUGCGGGGAUUGUAUCCUUCCUGUGCUCUUCAGAUGCCAGCUAUAUCACUGGGGAGAACAUCACAGUGGCUGGCUACUCGCCUAACCUGUGA